CUGCUCCGGUGUCGUGGGUUCAGAGGGUUUUCGGUGCUGCUGGAUGGCCGCCUGCAGCCUCUCCGUCCACAGUGCAGCUGCGGGACAGUCACCGGGAAGAUGGGUCUCCUCUCCGUCAGCCUCGGACCUUUCCGGAACCGGGUCCGGACGGUCCGGACGUGGAGCCGAGACUUCAGCACCUUUUCUGCCACUUAUCGCAACUGCGCCGCGCUGAAGAGGACUUCCCUAAUCCAGAGGCGGUGUGGAGGAUUAUACCAACACAGUUUUGCUCUCAGUCGGUUUCUCAGCUCCAAUAAGCCACCAAAAGGUUUUGAGAAGUUUUUCCCAAAGAGUGAAGAAACGACUGGCAUGAACAAAUCUGUUGAAGAUGAAGCCACCAAAGAGCGACAGUCUGUGGAAACUGAAGGUCGGGACACAGAGGACGAAGGCAGCCGGAGAGGAAGAGGAGGGAGCGAUCAGCAGUGGAACUGGUGGGCACGCUUCCAGGAAGAUUUUCACCUGGAUGCAAAAACAGCCUGGAACCUUGCUUUGGGCGCCGCCGGAAUGGCUUCGGCUUUUUUGUUUUUCCACUUCAGAGAGACAGGGAUUCAGAUCUCCUGGAAGGAGUUCCUGCAGCUCUACUUGAGCCGAGGCUUGGUCGGCCAUUUGGAGGUCGUCAACAAGCAGUACGUCAAAGUGUUUCCAGCUCAUGGAGUGAGCACCUCAGAUGUGGGCUAUUUCUGGUUCAACAUCGGCAGUGUGGAGUCGUUUGAGCGUAACCUGGAGAUGGCUCAGCAGGACCUGGGCAUCAACGCCACACGCAAAGUGCCCGUGUUCUACAGCAGUGAAAGUGAUGGGACGCUCUUUUUUAGCGUCCUGCCAGCCAUCCUUCUGGUCGGGGUUCUGCUCUAUACCAUGCGGCACGGGCAAGUCGGUGGAAGGAAUGUCAGCAGAGGCAAAGGAAACCCAUUCAGCAUGACCGAAUCCAAAGCCAAGAUAAUUACAGACAACAUCAGCGUGCGUUUCAAAGACGUCGCAGGCUGUGAAGAGGCCAAACUAGAAAUCUUAGAGUUUGUGAACUUCCUGAAGAAUCCGCGUCAGUAUCACGACCUGGGCGCCAAGAUUCCCAAGGGAGCUGUGUUAUCCGGUCCACCUGGAACGGGGAAGACCUUGUUAGCAAAGGCCACGGCGGGAGAGGCCAACGUCCCCUUCAUCACCGUCAACGGCUCCGAGUUCCAGGAAAUGUUUGUUGGUGUGGGCCCAGCACGGAUAAGGGAUACAUUUGCCAGAGCAAGAAAAAAUGCACCUUGCAUCCUUUUCAUUGAUGAGAUCGAUGCAGUCGGCAGGAAAAGAGGAAGAGGAAACGCCGGCGACCAAAGCGAGCAGGAAAACACUCUCAACCAGCUGCUUGUGGAAAUGGAUGGGUUUAACAGCAGCACGAACGUAAUUGUUUUGGCUGGAACCAAUCGAAUCGAUAUCCUGGAUCCCGCUCUGAUGCGUCCAGGACGUUUUGAUCGCCAUAUAUAUUUAGGGCCACCAGACAUAAAAGGCAGGGCCUCCAUCUUUAAAGUGCACUUGAGACCUCUGAAGUUAGACUUCAGCAUAGACGCAGACGCUUUGUCCAGGAAGCUCGCUGCACUGACUCCAGGUUUUACUGGGGCGGAUAUUGCUAAUGUGUGCAAUGAAGCUGCACUGAUCGCUGCUCGUCACCUCAACCAGUUUAUCACUACUAAGCACUUUGAGCAGGCGAUUGAAAGGGUUAUUGGAGGUUUGGAAAAGAAGACUCAGGUACUACAGCUGCCAGAAAAGACAACCGUUGCGUAUCAUGAAGCUGGACAUGCUGUUGUCGGCUGGUUCCUCGAACAUGCAGACCCACUACUGAAGGUGUCCAUCGUUCCCAGAGGGAAGGGUUUGGGCUACGCACAGUAUCUACCAAAGGAGCAGUACCUGUUCUCCCAGGAUCAGCUGUUUGACAGGAUGUGCAUGAUGCUGGGAGGCCGAGUGGCCGAGCAAGUUUUCUUUAGUCGGAUCACGACUGGCGCACAAGACGACCUCAGGAAGGUCACACAGUCGGCCUAUGCACAGGUUGUCCAGUUUGGCAUGAAUGAGGCGGUGGGUCAGAUCUCUUUUGACCUCCCUCAGCAGGGAAGCGUGGUCAGCGAGAAGCCGUACAGCGAAUCCACAGCGCAGCUCAUCGACCAGGAGGUCCGCCUGCUCAUCGACGCCGCCUUCCAGCGAACCGUGCAGCUCGUCAACGACAAGAAAGAAAUGGUGGAGAAGGUGGCAAAACGCCUUCUAGAAAAGGAGAUUCUGCACCGAGUCGACAUGGUAGAGCUGCUCGGACCUCGUCCCUUUCAGGAGAAGUCCUCUUAUGAAGAACUGGUUGAAGGGUUGGGGGAACCCGAGGAGGACGCCUCUCUCCCCAAAGGGCUGAAGGACUGGAACAAAACCACUGGAGAUGAAAAAUACCGGCAGAAACGGAAAAACAACUCAGCUGUUUACCUCUAAUGUGCACAAAUGGCAUCGAGGCAAAAGUAUUCCACUGACGUUCUGCAGAUAAAUGAUGUUUUAUUAUCCAGGUCUUUGUGGAAUGUGCAAUUUUUUGUGGAUUACGUUGUAUAUAUUGUAGUUUUUACAUGAAAAUACAGUUUGUAGCUUAUAUUUCUGCUGGAAGUGCCUUCUCCACUCUUGCUUCCUCACUUUGAUGCAAUCCUUAAGUGCAAUCACCUUGACUAAAGUCACAAACAUGUAGUGGACA